UGCAUUGGCAGUGCUUCGGUGACGACCGACCGUAGUCGCUAGUCGUACUCGUACUCGUAGACCGUCGGCAGGCCAUGCGCCGUAGCCUGGACGUGACCAGGGCUGGGACUGUGGCGGAGGGGAAGCCAUAUCGACGAUCUCGACGGUGGCGGUUCUGAUGAUCAUGAAGUCGUUCAGGCACCUGUGCCCAGCAAUCAUAGCCUAGGCUAGCCAAAGAUUGUCACUAGCGUGACCAGCCGUGGUAUUCCUGUACGUUGACAUGGCCCUGGUGAGAGAGAUCUUCGCCCACAACCGUUUGGCAACACACUACCAGUACCUAGUAAUACUGAGUCUGAGGCCCAGGUUGUUGGCCGAGGAUUGACUUCUUGGCUUGGGCUCCGCACCACAGGCGGACUUCGAAGUGUGUCUAACUUCUAAGUGUCAUUGCGGAGCGCUUGCAGUUUCAGCGAAGCUACAAUAUUCGGAAAUCUACGGGCACGAGCGUGCUUUGACAUUGUCACUAAUCCAUGCUGAAUGAUUGUAAGCUUGAACACGAUAGCAUUAGCAAGAUCUGGAGUUAGGCUGAGACUGACGGAGGGUGAGAGGUUGGUUCGCUGGAACACCAAGCAUCGCACCGUCGCGACACACUUCCAUUUGUAACUUUAGGAAGUGGACAAAGCGCUAGCAAUGGGUUGCUGUCGGAUGACAAAUGUGUUGUACGCGCUGCUAGCGCUGGAUACGAUUGCAACAUGUCAGAGACUGAUCUUCGACUUCAUCGGUGGAAUGUACGGAACGGGAACGGCUAACAUCCUCAAUCUGCUCAUCAUCAUCAUUGCAGCGCUCAUGCUGUUCAACCGACGGCCUGGGCUACUGUUGACGACUUGUAUCUGGUAUGCCCUGUGGAUUGGGAUUAACAUCAUCAUCAUACUGAUCUACCACCGUGUUCUCCUGAUCACAAACAACAGCAAUCCUUCUGACAAUUACCUUCUGAACAUGGAUUCAGGACACAGUUCCUGGUGGAAAGAUGAAGGUAUCAACUGUGAGAAUGUGAUCAAUACAACAACAGUGCGCUAUGCUACUGGAGAGCCAGAUGUGACUGAAUACAUCUACACCAUAAACUGCCUGCUAUCCUAUGAGUGGGUAGAAACAAUACAGGCUGCCAUUCAAAUCCUAUUUUCGCUAAUGUUGUUUUGCUUCACUGCACACUAUGUACACGUCGGCCUUGAUGAGGAUACCUACGAAUCAAUUGUCGGCAUGUCAUCCUACCCACAUUCUCAAUCUCCGACCAAUGGACAUCCAGUUCAAGUUCAAAUGAGACCACUGCCAAUGUGAAGCCACAGCAGUGUGUGAAAGGCACAGCAGUGUGUGAAGGCACAACAGUGCGGGCAAGGCUAUUGGCAGACAGGAACCAAUGAUUGCCAGGCGUCACUCGGUUUAGUUCAUCAUUAUUCCUUGAAGAUCAAUGGUUCUUUUUACUCAUGCAUAUGGAGAUGCUGAGAUCCUUUUCUGUGUCCCAUUGAUCUCGUAUCUAUUGCUAGCCACAUCCUCCAUUUUCAGUAUAGUGAUUGUGCAUAUGUGUAGGUGGUGUGACGUGGGUGAGUGUUUACAACUCAUUCUGUGCUGAACAUGUAUGCGUGGUGUGGUGACUCCAGAAGGGCAACUGACUCGGUGUGCACACUUUGUUGUGUGCUAGAACUUGAUUGAUGUGUGUGCGCGCUCUAAGUCUUCGGCUUCAUACACAACAGAUUAUGUUUUGGAAUGACAUACGCGAGCAGCACCCUGCUCUGCUGUCCCAACCACUGCCAUGAAGUCAUCAUGUUAAUUCUUUAUGAUUCUAGGUAUGAUGUAAGCAGCUCCACAUUCCAUCUGGCAUAUGUACUUUUUAUACAAUGUGUACAACAAUAACAUGCUUCUUGAGACACGCUGUUAGAAUGCCAAUCCUAGAUAUUGCAUCACGAUUACAUGUAAUUGAAUGGUAUGUCCUGUUCGGCCA